UUCGUUCGAAACGCGAAGAACGAAUAAGAAUAUCUCCUCCGCUUUAUCAUCCCAUUAUCCUGGUAGCUCGGUGAAAGGAUAAUAUCGGCCGAGUCGUUGCGCGCCGCAUUCGCCAUACUCGAAAUGUGCGGGACUGAGCGAGGCGACUCUUAUUCCUCGGCGAAGACGAAGGUAAUAAACAAGGUGAGUUAGACGGAGUAGCGAAUCUAUGAAGCGACGCGAUCGUAACGUAUCAAUUAAUUUAUCGGCGCAACGGGCGCAACGUGCAGUGAUAUCACCUAUUACGACGACAGUCGUUGGUCACACCUCCGGAGUUGUUAUUACAACCCGAAGGUCGGGGUCUCCGAUCGGGAUCGGAAAUUAUUAUCGUUUCAUCGGACGCCGUAGAUCGCGAUACCGCGAGAGAUAGAGAAAAAUAUAAACAUGAGAUAGCGCGGCGGCCGGUAGUCGCGGACCGACCGACCGAUCGACUCUCGUAUUUUAAUUUCAGUUCAGAGCCGCUCGCUACUUCGACCGCUCGAUUUGAAUAAUCGCCCCAUCAAUUUGAGAGAUCUGCAACGUGGCGGUCAUCGCGUCUCGAUAAUUCUUUCGUUUUGAAAAAAUUCCGUCCCGCGUCGGAGGAGCGUUUUGACAGUCGCUUCGUAAACUGACGGAGAUAAUAAUUCAAAAAUGACUCCGAUUUUCGGGCGGCAGCGAAUCCGAACGUAACGUUUCUUAAAAUAAACUUGAAAUAAAAGCCAAUGAAAGCUUCGAUUAUGCGGUGAGUGUUUGAGAAUUUGUUUGGAUUGUACGGCUGACGCGCCGCACACGCCAUCGCUGCUGUAUGCUUCGAAUUAUGAAAUUCCAACCUCACCGUUAUUGAACGGCUCCGAUCUGCGCUGAUUGAGGUUUCGUUUAUUCUACGAAUCACGAAUCUAACUCGAUCUUCGCCAUCCAGAAAGUAAAUGUUAUUUAUAGCCAUCGGCACACCCGAUAUUCUAAAUAUACGAUCUCGCGUUCCAAAUUCGAAUAUAACAAUAAGCGUCUUCGCAAAAGGAUGCGAUUAUUAAGAUGCUCAUCGUCCGUGGAAUUCUCACGGCUGUUGAUUAUUUCAUAAAUUGCGUAAUGGAUAAUUGCGGUAGAUAAACGCAGAGACAUCGGUAGCGGUGCGAAUUGGAGAAAGACAUUCCCAGAAUGCGGAGACAUCAACGCCCGCAUAAACGCGUGCGCUGUACCGACGCGCGACACUUUCCGCAAAUCGUAGAAAUAAUAACGACUCUCGUCAAAUUAAUUAUCGAUAAAAAUAACAAUGAAACAGAACCUGACCACCUGUUGGAAAUUGCGACUUUGCAACUGCAGCUGAGCUGCGGAACGUUCAUAUAUUGUAUCGCGUUGUUUUCUCAAGAAAUGAAAUCAACCGCACACACAUAUGUAUAUCCGUAGACUGUACACGAAUCAAAGAAAAUAUAAAAACGUGGAGCUGCGUUAGAGUUUCGCACGUGUUGAGUAAUUCGGCGACCGUUACUAUUACUCGAUAUAGUCAGACUGGUUGAUACUUGGAAAAAAAAAAAAAGAAAAAAAAAAAAGAAAUGGAAAAAUCAACUAGUGACUCGAUUCUAUUAUAACUCGCGGAUGACUGUAUCUAUAUGCCGUAACGAUAAUCCGUACACAACACUUCGCACCUUUCCCGUCGCCUGCAUUUGCCGCCGAUAUCAAAACUCACAUUUGUUAGUACCGCCAUGUGCUUAUGAAAUAAGAUUUUUUUUCAUCUCUCUCGCUAGUAGCUUUCGAGAUUUCACGGCAUCGGGCCUCGUGCGUGUGCAUGGCCGUAAUUUUCCGAUUUCUGAUCGAACGCAUGUACGUCGUACGUACGGAGACGGGAAGUCCGCUCUGUGAUCGAUAACAAAAACUUCAUUGAACGUGCGAAGCGUUUAUCGAGGGCAGUGGACGUUUGCCCGAUGACUGCGGAUCCCGCGUUGCGUACACGUCUGCGGCUAUUACUUAUAUGGUGUUUCCUAUUUCAUUCAUUUCCUACAGGUAUGGCUAUUUCUCUCAUGUACCGCGUGUCCCCCAACGUUUACACCGCGGUAUACGUCUGGUCACCUGUCGUCAAGCGCCAGGCUUGCGCUUUACCGGUGAGUCGAACUGAAGUCAGCGAAUUAACGUGGCGCUGCGGGGAAGGUGUUCCCUGACGGCAGGUAACCGGACACACCGCGGGGUAAAUAAUGCUGGGACACGCGGUAUGUACCUUCGCGAGUAGCUACGACUCAUUGCCAAUCUCCGUUCGCUGUGCAGUCGUCGGUUGUACGCAAUGCCAUUUUCGAUCACCUCGGCGCAGCAGUUUGUAAUUUAAGACUUGAAGAAAAAUAGAAAAUAAAAGAAAAAAAAAAAAAAAACGCAACAAAAGAUCACCGUGGGUCAGUUCGUGCGUUACGUGUACAAGUUUUCUAAGAAGCUAUUAGAUUCUUUGCAUACGCGGUGCGACUGGUCGCAUAUCUUAUUUCAGCGAGCUGUAUUAUGUCUCUUGGUCAUACGGUUUGGCGCGUAUCGUUCGAAAGAAAAAUAACCACCUGCGGACAACCAUAACAGUACGAUUCACGACGAUUCCAAAAAUGGUUGGAAGGAUGGUAGGUAAAUUUUCGAUUCACGAUUCGCGCGUCGUCUCAUGAACUAUUCAUUGAAAUAAAUCCUCGUCACGCCCGAAUCGAUUGAAACAUAAGCAGGUGAGUGUUAUCCGGUCUAGACAAACCGAAUCGCCAUGGUCACGGUGUACGUACAAUCUCAAACAAUCCGAUAAGGCGCGAAAUAUUCCGAAGUUGCCUCGCCGCUCGAUAUGAAAAAAACAAAAAAAAAAAAAAAAAAAACGAACCGAUACCUACGCCGACGAUUUAAAUACGACAAAUAAACGAACAUUGCCGAAUUUUUGCAACGACAGUUAUUGUCCUCGCCGAUCACCUACUCGCCGCUUGAAAUCCUUGACGCAGGACGUUUUUCUAAAAUGAGAUUCGUAAAACCGACCGAAAUUUUCACGCGUAGAAAUAUUUCUUUUCUGUCAAGAGCCGCGGGGAACAUGAAGAAUUGCGCGUAUUACACAGAGAAUAAACGAAUAGUGCGUACCGCGUGUGGAAAAUAUACGUCGCGACGCGUCCGUCCUUGGCUACGGAUAUAGAGGUGUUCGCGAAUCCAGUCGACCAGUAGCACAGGUUGAACGCCUAGGAAGGUAUGCGUAAAAAGUCCGCGAGUCUCCGACCGCCGUACAAAAUCGCCCUAUCUCUCUCUCUCUCUCUCUCUUUUUCAUGCCAAUCUCAACAUGGAGAGAGAUUAUCAUCGGCUUUGGAAAUGCGUGUCAACCGCUUACGCAUGAACCAAAACUGAUUCACGAUUCGCCGCCGUCCUGCCUAUCGACCGUUCGACGCGAGAGCUUCUUCCACCUUUUAUUCUACGCUCGACCGAUACGUAGGCGUUUCUAUCGAACGAUGACGAUCUAAUAGGAAAGGUGACAACUGACAAGCAAAUGUGGGAUGGGAUUAGUGCAGAUAUUACCGAUGCGAAUCUCGUUGAUUGCGUUAUUCAAAUUGGCCGUGCGUUGUGUGCGACACGUACUACGGUGUAAUAGCGAGAUUCGUGCGAAACGUGUGAUUCCGUAUGAGAAUAAUAUUUCCUUCAUUCCUUUACGCCUUAUCAGAAUCGCAUUAUUUCCCCUUUAUUUUAUGCAACGCGAGGAUAAAUACGUCCGACGAUUCAACGAUACGUUACGGUAAUUUGUCAUGGAAUCUUUGUGACUCGGCGAUAUCACGUGAGAUUCCGCGAAAAUGCACGUUCGCAAUGUGUCCACGCGGGAUCAUAUCUGGGCAAACUAGUCUCUCCUCGACGCUGGCGUAAGUAUAGCGUACGUUACAGUUACGGGAGUGUGGGAACUUCGAGCGAUAUCUGAGAUUCUUUGCCGUAGGUAUUAUCGAAGGACGAAUUAUGAAUAUUUACUAAUAAUAGUCACAGGCGUAGAAAAUAUAGACAUCGCACGCUAUUCACGUCAGCGAAGGUUUUUCUCCCGCUUCAGUCUUUAUACCUUAUGGAUGUGUAAUAUGCAAAACGCGCGAUCCUGGGGUGCUCGUGUUCCACUACUUAUGUACAUGUAUGCAUAUAUGUGUAUACAGUUAAAUAGGCAAGUUGACAUGGUACAAAUAUGUGCGCGUAUAAUUGCGGAAGCGAAGAAUUGAUAUAUCGACAAGUUGUUAUGAGGUGCGGAUCGAAAAAAAAAAAACAAAAACAAAAACAAAAAAUAUCCAUAUGUGUCUCUUUUUCUCGGGGUCUCGCGACUGACUCGAUCAUUUCGCGACAGGUUCAGCUACGCAGUCGCAGCAGCUGCAGCUCAAUCUGAGUUCGGAGUUGUUUUCUCCGUCGGUGAGACACUCGUACCAUAAAUCAAAUUCAAGAUCAACAAUAUAUCCACUCGAAACAUCGAGUGCGAUAGAAUAAUUAACGUCCAAAGCUGAUGAUCUACAUCGAUUAUUAUCGACGGUGUCCGUCGUUCGUCGCCAUCUCUGCGUGUACACAUGCGUCGAUUUGGAUAGAAAAAAAAACAAAAAAGAAAAAAAAUCUGACGCGCAGCUGUAAGUUAGCGCGUACGAACAAUUUCAUCGUUGUUUAAAAAUCUCUCAACGCUUUAAGAAAAAUAAUCAAAUGGUCCUCGGGUUGAAAAAACAUACGAGCGGUGUUUCGUACAACAUUUAUAAACGGUCUUCGAACGCCGAUGCGCGUGUGAUGAUGAAUUAGAUCCUUCGCAAAAGAUGUGUAUGCGAUACACGUCGCAUACACUGCGAACGGCAAUUAUCUUCGCGAGGAUUACAAUAACAAUAACACUGAAAGAGUAAAAGUAAGUAUGCAUGGUAAUCAGUGGUUACAGAUCUGCAGCUCGUCGUUUGCGACCUUGAGCAUCGGCGCAGAUCGGAAAGCAGCGCGUCCGAUGCACCAGUGUUUCAGUGCUCGAUCGCGCGCCGGCUAACGGAUCGCCGAGACUCAAAGGAAUCGCUGAGAUAAUAGCCGAUGUAUCGACGAUUAAUUGCGAAGUGCUCGGAGGAGGGCUUUUUUUUUCAGUAGACAGCUUCGAGUGAAAUCGCGAGCGCUCGGUUCCCAGUGGAGUGAUAAUGAAAUUGCGCGUCGUACGGUUAACGUGGACCGUUUUCCAAAUACUUUGCCCAGACCGAAACGACGUCCGUCUGUUUCCCGAAGCGUCCAAAAAUACAAUCGUAUUCCCCGGCGCCUUUAUAUCACAAGUUCACAGCUUCCCCGUGCUCGCACGUGCAGCGUAGGCAGGUCCAGAUGUGGAAUUUAUCAUCGGCGUGGGGCGUUUCUGGUCUCAUGGCCCCCCUGGCCGGUGCCGCAGAAUUUGUUUACAUUGUAUCUGAAAUACUGGCACCGCGGUGUCACCGAAACCACAACACCGAGAUAUUUUAUUGACAAAUUGCGACGAGGGUAGCGGUCCAGAAUUAACUCCGUCUUUUUCACCUCUCCUCUUCAUCUCUUCGAUCAGAAUCCGAGGAAUGAUCGUCGCGACUUCCGCGUAUCAUGUACUCGCGCACCUUCGACGGAAUAUUUUCUCUAUUCCUUUUCCUACAACAGAUGACGAGGUCAGGGUCAGACGCGUUCCCUCCUACGGGUCGGCGAAGUUUAUGGUGCUGUAAAUCAAGCGGAAGGCGCGUGCUUUGAGAUUUUUCACGCAAACGCAGCGGAGACGUACUUCGAGCUAUUGUAUCUCCAUUGAUUGAGAUAACCAGAGUUGAACCAUCGACGCACGUACUUUCGGCGGCGAGUAUUUCCUGUCGUGAAAUGGGAGCGGUUGCGGGGCCUCCACCGGAGCCCGUGAUUGGUCAAUUUUUCCGGACCAUUUAAUCAUCGCGGUGGAUUCGUCACGGGCAGGCGAAUUAUCGCGGUGAAAGGUAAUUUCCAGCUGGAUUAAUUGCAGGUCAUUCCGACGUAGACGUUGGAGGAAUAAUUCUAUGAAGACGUAAUAUUUUUAUAAAAAAAUCAUCAUCCACCCUCUUGCGCCGGGGACACCCCGCUGAACGCGAUUGACAUAGAAAAGCAAAAUUUCGUCCAAUUGAGGGAUCGCGUCAUCCGAUCUCCACCGAUUGCGAGUACAAAGCAGACGGUAUUUCACGCGGCAUAUAGCGUGUAAGUAGAGUGAGACUAUAAUCCCUAAAAUCGCCGGUCUAAUUUCUCGACGUUCAGCAGAUAACACGCUUCUGCGGUGAACAUGGAUACAUGCGGAUGAUUCCGGUUGUUGUUCACGUAGUGAACUCGUUCCAAUGACCGCGCAGCCGCCCAGGUCGCAUCCUGGCAACGAGAGCUACACCUAUUUUUCAUCUCUCCAACCGCGACUUCGAUAUUAAUUCGCUGGUCAAUUUGAUUUUUGAAAAAUUAUUGAAAUCGAUGCCCAUAGCCCACGGAAUCGUGAUAAAGCACGGGUGGAUUAUUAAUUUGAAUCUCAGAUGCCGACGGCGUACCGGGUUUUGCAUAAAUUCCUCAACAAUAAACGCAAAUCAUUCAAGCGAAGAAAACAUAUUUUCGAAUAAUGCGUUGCGAUAUGUACCGAUUGAAAAUAAAGAAAAAAAAAAAAAAAAAAAGAAAACCAUUCGGGAAUGAAUUCAGAUUUUACUAAUACACGCGAUCAUCCGCUGGAGUGACGUGAAACAACGCCGCGUUAUUCGACACAGAGACAAACGGCAAUCCCGUCCGGCUACUCUGAAAUCAGCUUCGAAUCAAUUGCGACAAAAUUAUCGGUUCCGGUUUUUGACAGUUAUCUACUGACUGCAUUCGCGAGAAAAAUUUCAAGUGCACGACCGAGACAUGGAAAAAAUAUCGAUGUAAAAGAGAAGAGGAAAAAAAUCUCCUUCGAAUAAUAAGCGAAAAUAACGAUAUGGUCACCUGCAGCGCAAACCCGGAUAUCUCGAGGGGCCAAAAUAACGGAAAAUUCAAUGCUUCUACGGAGACUAGCAACGGCGUAAUACAUGGAUGGAUCGAUAGUGAGGAGCACGAGACAAAUGACGAGUGGUUUUUAUACAGCGAAAUAACAGAGAGCGCACUUCACGGGGAUAAAAAAGCGAAGGAGAGCGACGAGACCGCUGGAUCGGGCGAUCUGGGCAUCGAUAUCCCGAUGCGAAAAAGUCUUUUUCCUUUCGUAGCCCCUUACGUAAUCUUUCAUUCGAUCGAUUGCAAAUGCCCCCGACUGUCGGCCGGCAUCAGGAAACAUCUGAAGUGGAAACUGAGCGGAGUUAUUCCAAAAAUCGUGGCUUUAACGCUCGAAAAAUCCGGAUUUCAUUUCGUCGGAGAUUCCGACGGUUGGUCGGGAACUUGGAGUCACACGUUGGGCGACCCCGGCACCUUCAAACAGGUGAAAGGAUUUCAGAAACUGAACUGCUUCCCCGGUUCGAAGAACCUCGGAUGCAAAGAUCAACUCUGGACCAACGUGAACAAGAUGAGGCAAAGAUUCGGUGAAGAGCAUUUCGGUUUUGUUCCCGAGACGUUCGUGCUACCUCGAGAGAUGCGACGGUUUCAGGAAAGGUGGCGAGAAACCGUCGGGGAUAAAUGGAUCGUAAAACCGCCGGCAUCGGGCCGCGGAAAGGGUAUCAGAGUGAUCGAUCAGUGGUGGGAGGUGCCCAAGUGGCACUCGGUUGUCGUGCAACGUUACAUCGCCAAGCCGAAGUUGAUAAACGGAUCGAAAUUCGAUCUGCGAGUUUACGUUCUCGUCACGAGCAUAGAUCCCCUGAGGAUCUACGUGUACAACGAGGGUCUGGUCAGAUUCGCGUCGGUCAAAUACGUGGACGAUUCUACGAAUCUUCACGAUCGUUUCAUGCACCUUACCAACACCAGUGUCAACAAAUACAGUCCGAAUUACGUGGUGAACGACAGCGUCGACUCGUGCCACGGUAACAAAUGGUCGUUCGGUACAUUGUGGGCGUACUUCGCCAGGGAGAAUAUCGACGUCCGGAUCAUAUGGAGCGAGAUAAAGGACAUAGUCGUCAAAACGAUGAUCAGCGGAGAGGCAGAGAUGCGAAAGGCUGUGAAAGAGAACGUCACUUCGACGUACAAUUGCUACGAAUUGUACGGCUUCGACGUUAUACUCGACGAAAAUUUGCGCCCCUGGCUUUUGGAAGUCAAUACUUUACCCUCGCUGAACGCCGACUCGGUUUUAGACACCGCCAUUAAGGCUCCCCUGAUUAGAAACGUCCUCAACAUAGCGGGCUAUCAGCUACCCGGUAAUAUCACGCUCUUCCAGGAACGACGACUCGCCAAGGAAUAUCGCUACGCCCAAAUGCGACAAGAUCAACGGAUCUACUCUACGUCGCUGAGCUCCGAAGAAAUUUUAAAACAACACGAAUUCCUCAAGUACCCCGUACGAGCGAACUACAUUCUCGCGAUCCUGAAAAAUCUGACCAGAGACGAUAUCCGGCAGCUCAUUAGGUACGAGGAUGAAAUUACGCAACUGGAACGAUUCGAAAGGAUUUUCCCCACUCCCCAUACCCACAAGUAUCACAAAUUCUUCAAAAUUCCGAGGUAUUACAACCUGCUCUUUGACGCCUGGGAAUUUCAGGCCAGUAAGCAGAGACAAGCGGGAAUCGAGAGGUUGAAAAAUUUUUGCAGACAAAAAAUUCACCUGGAAUCCACACUCUGAAUUCCCUUUUUUUUUCUUUUUUUUUUUUCCUCGUACCUCCACUAUAGAUUCUUUCGCGCUAAGUUAUGCGUUCUACAAGUGUGGCUGUUUCGAAUAAAUUGUACCAUUAAAAUACAUCUGAUUAUUUACAAUUAUACAAGAAAAUCGCAUCGCGUGUAAGCGUAACCGAGGAGCGAAGCCGCUGGAAAUUUCUCGGGCUCGGGCAGAGUCGCGGAAUAUUUAAAUCACGCGACAAAAAGUCCAUAUGCUUUCCUAUGUAUGCCAAACAUCAACACAGUUCAUCGGGAACAAGGUAUCGGCCGUACGUAGUACGUACGUCCAGCUCUCUAAUCUUCGACUGCAUAAUCUUCGAACAUGCAUUUGCAAUCCGCAGUUCUGUUCGCAAACAUUUCGACGAAUAAAAAACCACAAAUGUGAGAGAGACGGACGAUAAUACGCGCUGCGUUCCUCACUCGGUUUUCCGUCAUACUACUUUCGAUAUUAUUUCAUUGGCGUUAAAUCAAAUACUGAUCCGAU